AUGCCUGAUGACGUCAUACUUCACACGAAAGCGCGAAAAGAACCAUCCAAUCUGCAGAUAAAAUACUGUAGUCAACCAAGAAAUCUUGCAAAAACAUCCUGCUGUUUGGGAAGCGCCUUAGUAAUGGUCGAAGCGCAGCUCGGUGAACCCGUUCUCCGUGCACGAACUCCAACGCCAGGGCGGUACAGCUCCCAUCCCCGUUUUUCUGGCCACGACGACCCUGGCUUCGAAUCUCCCCGCCUUUCUCGAAAUUCUCCAGAGCUUUAUGACCAAUCAGCUACCUCCACCCCGACUUUAAUCGCCGAAGAUACAGGUACCUCUGGCAGUGACAUAGACGUCUCGGAUUCCAUGCGUGGUGAUGAUAGUAAAAGCCAAAUGUCGGAUUCUCCCAGGCCAGACCCCGCCAUUCCUUCGUCCAGCCGUCGACGCCCUCGUACCCAGCUGACGCACCCUCAACGGCCUUCCCCCAGCCCUCAUCCCUCCCAGUCGUCAUCAAGCCAUGCCUACCCCAUUCCUUCACCGACUUCUUCCUCUGAAAAUAUUCACAACCGCCCACCCGCUGGAUUUCAAGGAUCGUCACUCCACUACCCCUCUUCCCCGGUGUCAUACGCCCAAAGGCCCAGCUACGUGGGACAAUACACGAUUUCCCCCCAACCUAGCCCAAUAACGAUGGCACCGUACGCGUUUCCCCACACCUACCACCAUCCAGGGGUGCCAGACAGCAGCAUGAUGUCGCAGAGUAUACACGCCAACUAUCAGCCUAUGUUGCAACACCACGCGCCGGUUUAUUCAUAUCAACGCCCGUCGCCGGAUGGAGGCUCGUCGUCGCACCCCUCGUUCUCGGGAACACGAACGCCGAUGUAUCCCCCUCAUCAAACCAGCCCUUCCACGCCCUCAACGUCACCCCACAUGGCCUCGACCUCGGGCCAGAGCAGCGCUCUUGCGACGUCGUACGUUGGAACAGGUUUCCAAUCCUUACGUUACCCAUCGCCCAUGUCCUCGACACCCUACCCAUACCCGACCCAGUCGUAUCAAGCUUCACCCAUGUACCAAUCCCAAUAUCCUCCUCCCUAUGGUCAACACUACACCCCACCUGCCGAGACCGAGCCUCAAGGGGCGUGGUUCUACCUACCCCAUGCCAACCCUAUGCCCUCGCCUCGACAGUACGACGGUGGACAACCAUACUACUCUCCGGUUACCUACGCUCGAAUAGGUCCUCCAGAUGAUGGCUCCUAUGGUGCCGGUCCUUCUCCGUCAACCGUCAAUCCACCCGCUCACACAGACCCCGCAUUGCCCAGCGUCCAGCGUUUUACCCAGCAUGCGGUGGAAGGACAUACGACUUUGGGCUCCCCACGUGCCUCCGGGGCAGGGCCCCCUGCCGCUCCUGCCGCGCCCAGUGUUUCUUCUAGUAACGCUGGACCACCACCACCAAUCACCGACAAACCCGUAGUCCGACGGUCAUACCACCCGAACCCCCCUGCGCACCGGUCGGAAUGGGUAAUGUGGGCGGGGAACGUGCCCUCGGACGCAACACAUGACGAACUCUGGAGGUUUUUUAACCAGGCCAACGAGAGUUCUCAGGUGGAAGACGCUGGUGUCAUGUCGAUUUUCCUCAUCUCGCGUUCGAGUUGUGCGUUUGUCAACUACGAGAACGAGGAGUUUUUGCAUGAGGCGAUCAAGAUGUUCAAUGGGGUACCACUACGCGCCAAUGACCCACGGUGCGCGCGUUUGGUCUGUCGGGUAAGGAGGAAGGAUGAUGACCUGAAGGCGGGGGUGGGCGGACAGAGGGGGAUGGGGAUGCACACCAGAUACGUCAGGGAGCAGAAAGGCAAGGCGAGGGAAGGUGCAUCGUCUGAUGUUUCCGCGUCGGACGACCUAUCGACAUCGCCCACGAGUAUAUCGAGCCGCUUAGCUGCGGCUAUCUCGACUGUGUCGAUAUCGAGCGACGAGGGCGAACACCGACGCGGUGUCCACGCAAAGCACUCGAGCAGCUCGGGGUCGUACACAUCGACUAACUCCAGCUUUCUUACGCGCCACUUUCCCAGACGCUAUUUCAUCCUCAAGUCUUUGACGCAGUCUGAUUUGGACCUUAGUGUUCGGACGGGUUUGUGGGCUACUCAGAAGCACAACGAGGAGAUUUUGGAUCAGGCCUUCCGAACAAGCAAGGAAGUAUAUCUAAUCUUUGGGGUCAACAAGAGUGGAGAGUUUUUUGGGUACGCGAGGAUGGCAGGCCCCGUUCGACGAGGCGAACAACGCAUCUCGUGGGCAACUCGUUCAUCUCAAUCUCCAACAUCACGUUCAGCGCAAUCCCCGCUUUCUACCCGCUCCGUGGCAUCUUCGAGUAAACCUACAGAGCCAUUCUUCUCUCCCAGCGACCAUCGACUCGUCGACUCGUCUCCCUUGGCUGUGGAUGGCACUUCUCCGGCACCACGAUCAACCGCACCUCGUGGACACACCUCCGCACCUGGCCUCCUGGGUGAAGGGUAUAAGCUGCCCACCAUCGAGACACCGAAGACGAUGCACAGUCUUGACCAUCGAAUGCAGGUUGAGAUGGCCACAAGACGCGACGAGCCUUCCACAGCAUUCGAGCUGGACGCUGACGCACCUCUGAGAGCGGUCCGAGGGUGGCAGCAGGGUGGAAAGGCCGCAUCGCAUACGCUGCGUUCAGUCGAAGAGGGGGACGAGCCGGCGGCAGCGGGAGCGGAGGAGCUGAAGCUUACGGCGGAAGAUUCUUGGGGAGAUAGCUUCGCGGUCGAGUGGAUAUGCCUGGAACGGUUACCGUUCCCGCGGACAAGGCAUCUCCGGAAUCCUUGGAACCAUGACCGAGAGGUCAAGGUGUCCCGAGAUGGGACAGAGCUAGAGCCGACUGUUGGACAGCGGCUGAUAGAGGAAUGGGAUAAGCUUGCGUCCGAGCCGCAAUUACCGCCCACCACGACAGCACCACCGAAGCCGUCUGGCAGACGAGCAGGAAGUGGGAGGAAUGUACCGGGAGCGAUGGUAGCGACGCCGGAAGGAGAUGCAUCGAGGGAAGGAACAACAAAAGGAGGGCCAUUACGAUCAUGA